UAGCACAAAAGCGAUCAGCCAAUGGAAUUCAUGGAAUUUUGAUUCAGUAUUAUUGAUAAACAUGGCCGCGAUGGACGUCGAACCUCCAAAAGUGGAGACCAAUCUUCGUACGCUGAAGCUGUCGGGGCACGUCGGCUUCGACAGCCUCCCGGACCAGCUCGUCAACAAGAGCGUGCAAAAUGGGUUCGUCUUCAACAUCCUCUGUAUCGGUGAGACGGGGCUGGGCAAGUCCACGCUCAUGGACUCGCUGUUCAACACCAACUUCGAGUCGGUGCCGAGCCCGCACAACCUGCCCACUGUCAAGCUGAAGGCUCACACCUAUGAGCUGCAUGAGAGCAAUGUUCGACUGAAGCUGACGAUCUGCGACACGAUCGGCUACGGCGACCAGGUGAACAAGGAGGACAGCUUCAAGACGGUGGUGGACUACAUCGACGCGCAGUUCGAGGCCUACCUGCAGGAGGAGCUCAAGAUCAAGCGCGCCAUCCAGCAGUACCAUGAUAGCAGGCUCCAUGUGUGCCUGUACUUUAUAUGUCCUACUGGUCACGGGCUGAAGUCCAUCGACCUGGUGUGCAUGAAGAAGCUGGACACGAAGGUCAACAUCAUCCCCAUCAUCGCCAAGGCCGACACCAUCAGCAAGACGGAGCUGCAGAAGUUCAAGUCUAAGAUCAUCUCGGAGCUGUCAGCCAACGGAGUGUCCAUCUACCAGUUCCCAGAGGACGACGAGUCCGUCUCCGAGCUGAACGGAUCCAUGAACUCACACAUCCCCUUCGCAGUCGUGGGCAGUACGGACUUCGUGAAGAUUGGCAGCAAGAAUGUACGGGCUAGGCAGUAUCCUUGGGGAACUGUGCAAGUGGAGAACGAGUCCCACUGCGACUUCGUGAAGCUCCGCGAGAUGCUGAUCCGCACCAACAUGGAGGACAUGCGGGAGAAGACGCACGCGCGCCACUACGAGCUGUACCGGCGGCGGCGCCUGCAGCAGAUGGGCUUCAGCGACGUGGACGCCGACAACAAGCCCGUGUCCUUCCAACAGACGUUCGAGGCUAAACGCGCGACGCACGUGGCCGAGCUACAGGCGAAGGAGGACGAGAUGAGACAGAUGUUCGUGCAGAGAGUCAAGGAGAAGGAGGCUGAGCUGAAGGACGCCGAGAAAGAGCUGCACGCGAAGUUCGACAAGCUCAAGAAGGAGCACACGGAGGAAAAGAAGCGUCUUGAGGAACUGCGUAAGAAGCUUGAAGACGACACGCUGGAGCUGAACCGGCGCAAGCAGCAGGCCGCGCAGCCGCACCACACGCUCACGCUGGGCAAGAGCAAGAAGAAGUAGGGGGGGGGACGUUAGGCAAGAGCA